GGUGUUGGGUGCAUACUCUCAACCAGCGAAGGAGACAACAAGGUGAUUUUUAUCAUCUUGUGGCUGAACUGAGGCUGGACAGCCAACGCCAUCAUCUGUACUUUAGGAUGAGUGCAGAGUAGAUGGAUGAACUUCUGUCCAUCAUUGGCCCUGAACUGACCAGACAAUCAACCAAUUACAGAGUUGCCAUAGAACCCAAGCAGAGACUGGCUGUUGGAUUGAGAUACUUGGCUUCUGGAGAUUCAAUGGUCAGCUUAGCAUUCAGCUAUCGCCUAGGGCAUGCAACUGUCAUGAACUCUGUCCAUAUGGUGUGUGCAGCCAUUGAAAAGGUGAUGAUGGAGAGUUUCCUACCCAGGCCAACACAAGACACUUGGAAAGAGGUGGCCCAAGGAUUCUGUGAAAAAUGGAAUUUCCCAAAUUGUUUGGGAGCAAUAGACGGCAAACAUAUAAUAAUACAAGCACCACCACUGUCUGGAAGUCAGUUCUUCAAUUACAAGAAGACCUUCUCCAUAGUGCUUUUGGCGCUUGUGGAUGCUGACUACAGGUUCCGAUUCAUUCAAGUGGGGGACUUCGGAAGAACCUGCGAUGGUGGUGUGUACGCCAGUUCGGAUUUGGGGAGGGGAAUGGAGACCAACACCUUGCAUGUGCCACCCAGUACCUCUCUACCUGGUGCUGCCCACCUGGGUGAUGUGCCAUUCGUCAUGGUUGGUGACGCAGCUUUCCAACUCAAACCAUUCUUGAUGAGACCAUACCCCGGAGCAAACCUCAGUUACAAAAAGAGGAUUUUCAACUACAGACUUUCAAGAGCAAGGAUGGUGGUUGAAAAUGCCUUUGGCAUUCUGUCCUCCAGGUGGAGAAUAUUUCUUAACAGAAUCAACCUGCAACCAAAAAAUGUUGACACACUUGUGAUGGCUACAUGCAUCCUUCACAAUUUCCUGCUUGUCCCCAGCGAAAAACAGAGUUUGCUGGAUGAGGCAGAGCAGCUGGGGAGACAUAUGGCACCAGUAAGAAACAUGGGAGGAAACAGGGCAUCAGCAGAGGCCUGUAAUGUGAGGGAGGUCUUCUGCACCUGCUUUACCUCUCCUGAAGACAGUGUGUCAUGGCAGAACAGGAUGGUGUGAUCAAAAGGCAUGACUUCAAAGCUUAUUGAAGUAUCAUGCUAGGAUUGUAAAAAGCUGAUAAGUGAUUAUGAUCCCAAAAGACAAGUAUGCUGUAUUGAUAAAAAGGUGUUUUGGCAAAAAAUAAAAAAAAUAAAGUUUUUGUUUGAGAACUUUGGUGUGUUAAACUAUCAAUUCAAUUGAAAAGAGGUAAUGUCACUCCCACCAAAUUCACAUUAGCAUUUGAAAAGCUCGAGAGUGCAAGUCCAAGCACCUUCCCAACAGUACUGUAUCUGAACAGAAUUUACACAGGGCAGUAGGCUACGUAUAUAGGCUCCUGUAAUAACAUUAGUGAAGUUCUUGUAU